AUGACUGAGCCUGUAAAUCAUACCAAUUCUGAGACUAAGCCAACAAAGUCUAAGAAAAAGAAGUCCACUGCAAAGCAAUCGAAAAAGAAGCCUUCUGCUUCUAGACACCCAGGCAUUAAGGUUGAGAGGAAGAAUCAGAAUGUAUUUUUCAAUGAAGCCAAGCUUGAUCUUUCUGCUGUUCCUCCACCAUAUUGUUCUUGUACUGGGGUUGCCAGAAUUUGUUAUAAAAAUGGGCCUGGAGGAUGGCAGUCCUCGUGUUGCACUACUAAGAUAUCUGAAUAUCCCCUCCCCAUGAGUUCCUUGAGGCCUGGGGCACGCGUAGGUGGGAGGAAAAUGACCAGAGGAGCAUAUACAAAUCUUCUGUAUAGACUUGUAUCUGAGGGUCAUGACAUUUCUUAUCCAGUUGACCUCAAGGAUCAUUGGGCCAGACUUGGUAGUAACAAGUUUGUCACAAUUAAAUAUGUUUGA